AGAUGAGGACAAGUGUGUAGUACAGCAGUAAUUUGAACCUUGAACUAAACUCCGUCUGUUUUGUCGUUUGUGUUUUCAACACAGUCUCCAGAGGUGGCAACACUGACAGCAGAUCAUCUGAAAGGUGAAGAUUUUGAAUCAGUCAUGUGACUUGAGGAGAGAAACAUCCAUGCUCAGCUCCAGUGAUGAUUCUUCCAUAGACUGUAGGCCCCUGGUCUUCUGUAAAGAUGGAUGAUUGCAGAAUUUGACGGGAUAUUUAGACUGCCAGCAAGAAUAAGCACUUCAGAUAAAAAAUGGACGCAAAAGGAUCUGAGCUGAUUGGUGACCAGAGGGUGCAUGAGGGUGAUGAACCAUUCGUUUGUGUGACUUGCGGGAAAGCCUUCUCUUGGCAAAGUGAUCUACAUGCACAUGAAAGGGUGCACACGGGUGAGAAACCAUUUGUGUGUUCAAUCUGUAGUGAAGCUUUAACUUGUCUACGUAGUCUUCGUCGACAUGAGAAGAUUCACACUGGUGAGAAACCAUUUGCUUGUGCCACCUGUGGUAAAGCUUUUACCCGGCAAAGUGAUCUUUGCAGACAUGACAGGGUUCACACUGGUGAGAAAACAUUCGUUUGUGCAACCUGUGGUCACGCCUUAACUUGUCUACGUAGUCUUCGCCGACAUAUGAGAAUUCACACUGGUGAGAAACCAUUCGUUUGCGAUACCUGUGGUAAAGCUUUUAUUCAGCAAAGUGAUCUUUGCAGACACAACAGGAUUCACACUGGGGAAAAACCGUUCGUUUGUGCAACCUGUGGUAAAGCAUUUACUCAGCGAACUGAUCUGCACAGACAUGACAGGGUACACACUGGGGAGAAACCAUUUGUUUGUGUAACCUGCGGUAAAGUUUUUACUCUGCUGUCUAAUCUGAACAAACAUGAGAGGGUUCACACUGGUGAGAAACCAUUCAAACCGUUCGUUUGUGAGACUUGUGGUAAAGCUUUUACUCAUCCAGAUGGUCUAAACAGACACGACGUGGUUCACACUGGUGAGAAACCGUUCGUUUGUGAGACCUGUGGUAAAGCUUUUACUCGGCAGACUGGUCUAAACAGACAUGUCGUCGUUCACACUGGUGAGAAACCAUUCAUUUGUGAGACCUGCGGUAAAGCUUUUACUCGGAAAUCUUGUCUGAACAGACAUGUCAUGAUUCACACUGUUGAGCAGCCAUUCUUUUGCGAGAUAAGUGAUAAAGCUGGGUCUUCAACCAUUGAGUCAUGUAAUGACACGUACACAGGUCCACAUGGCUGCCGAUAAACCAUUUCAGUGAAAUCUUGAUAGGUCCAACCUCAAGGGAACAGGUUAAAAAUUUGACAAGCAGCGUUUUGAGUUAAGCAGGGUUGUAUAUCAUUGUUAUACAUGUACUAUUGAAGGCAAUGGAUUCUUUGUUUGAAUAACAGUUGUUCUGAGUUAUCAGAUUUUGACUUGUCAAGAUUUCACUGUAUUUAAAAAACAAAUUGCCAGGAUGCUUAAAGUUUUCAUAAUUAUUUGAACUCAGUUUUAAGAUGAUCAGACAUUUUUCUGUACAUUGUUUAUUAACUAAUAUUUAGUUGCGUUUAAUUUAAAAAAGGAAAUAUAUAAAGAGCGAUAUGAGUAAAACUUCAGUUCUAGAAGAUAUUUUGUUUAAGUGCAAUGGUAAGAAUAAUGUCAUGCAGUGAUAGAUACAGGUAAAAUGGAACAUUCUCCCUGUCUGUCACAGAAUGAAACUACUACAUGUGUAUCCAUUUUUGUGGGGAUUAAUUAUAAACACAUUAAUUUAGUUGUGUUGAAUUUACUAAAAAAUAGAUAAAAAUAGAUAUGAGUAAAACUUCAGUCAUAUUGUGUUCAAGUGCAAUUUGUAAGAAUACUUGUACAUGCACAUGCAGUGUCGUGAUCAAGUGAUGGAUGGAAUGUCUGUCACUGAAUGAAGCUAUUUUAUCCAUUUUUAUGUAUGUACAUUAUUUAUUAAAGGGAAAAUACAACAUUUGCAAACAUCAAAAAAUAAAACUACCAAAUCAUUUUGAAAUACCUUGCUGGACUGGUAGUGAAU